UCCCGAUCUCUCCGAAAGCGUCAGCGAUAGUCAGGAACACACUGUAGUGGCACAUCAGCGGGGCGGUGCGCAUAGCAGGAUAAAGCUACACUGUAUUUCAUCCACAUUAAAAAAACGACUGAGGAAAGGGGGGUACAUCCCACCAUUUUCCAGAGUUACAACAACUUCACCGGCCUGCUGUGUCUGAUCACUCCGACUGUCCGUGUCUGCAGACAACCGCGAACGUAAGGAACUAAAACAGGGACGGUGCCAGCAGAAUUUCUGUGAGGUGCUCUGUCAAUAUCAAACAGGGAAGAUCGAGGCGACAUUUCCUCAGAGGAACUCUUCCAAGUGUUGGAAACUUCCCAGCGCAGCAUCGAUCGAGGACCUCCCGCCCACUUUACCUCUGAUCCACAAUCCUGGAAGGAGAGAGAGAGUCCUGCAGCCGCUGCAGUGGAUGGAGCAACAAAGGCUAGAGCUAGAUGGUUAAACUGCUUUGAUAAGAACACUCAACACAAGACUCCAUCACCUUAUCGCCAAAUCUGCAGCUGUAAUUGGAUCUCAUUUUCUGGCAGAUCCGACCAGGUUCCACUUAGUGCAAACUCUGCUUCAGCCAACCACAAAAAAAAAGGAAGUCGCCGCAGACGUGAAAUUGAUGCUUUGGUACGGAGAAGCGCAAUACCGAUCCUCUAGUUUUGCGAAAGUCUCAUACUGAUCAGUGAGGGACUAGUUCGAGCCGUAGUGGGAUUUGCAGAAGUUGCAUGCUUGGUCUUUGUCGUCUCGAGUGAGCCUCGUUCACCCACUCUCGGCUUAUCAGACCGGAUCCGGAUAGUUGAGGUGCCAUGGCGAUGUGUGUGGGGAUGUGGAUACUCCUGCUAGCCCUGCACGUCCAAGCUGGCGACGGGCAGAUGGUGCAGAUGGACUCCAGUAAGUCUGGCUUUGUGGGAUCACAAGUUGAGCUGCGCUGCAUCUUCAUCAACAGUAACCCUCCCGUCAAGAUCUCUCAAGUCACCUGGCAGAAGCUCCUCAACGGCACCAAACAGAACGUGGCCAUAGCCAACCCGGCCCUCGGCGUGUCAGUCCUGCCGCCCUUUAAGGAGCGUGUUACCUUCAAGCAGGCGGCCGUUCGCCACCGCACGCCCUCGCUGGAGGACACCACCAUCGUGUUCUCCAACCUGCAGCUGUCUGAUGAAGCUGCCUACAUCUGCGAGUACACCACGUUUCCAGCAGGAAACAGGGAGAACACGGUCAAUCUCACUGUAUUUGCCCGGCCUACGACACGUAUGACCCUGACAAGCCCCACGAUUGUGGCCAGGUCCACGAAGCGCAAGAUGACUGUCGCCACUUGUAUAUCGGCCAAUGGGAAACCCCCAAGUGUUAUCAAAUGGGACACCAGUUUGAAGGGUGAAGCCACUUUCCAGGAGACUCGCAACCAAAAUGGCACUGUGACGGUGAGGAGCAACUACGUGGUGGUGCCGAGCCGCGAGACCCACAAACAGAAGCUGAUUUGUAUCGUGACGUACCGGAGUGAAAGGAUCACAGAGAGCGUGGUGCUCAACGUGCAGUAUGAACCCGAGGUGACGAUCGAGGGCUUUGAUGCAAACUGGUACCUGAACCGUCAGAAUGUUCAGCUGACCUGCAAGGCUGAGGCUAACCCCCCUGUCACCAUCUACCAGUGGAAACUCUUGAACGGCUCCCUGCCCAGUAAUGUGGAGAUCAAGAACAACACCCUGUUCUUCAAUGGACCUGUGACCUACGAUCUGGCCGGCACCUACGUCUGCGACGCGACCAACGGCAUCGGGACUCGAACUGCCAUUGUGGACGUCAACAUCACAGAAUCCCCUAACAACCCGCCAACCAGGCUCCCUGAGGUCAAGACGAGCCAGAAUACAGGCGCCGCCAUCGGGUGCGCUGUGGCGGGAGUCGCCCUGUUGGGGCUGGCGGCCACACUGCUCUUCGUAUUCCUGCGCCGCCGCCAGCGCACCUUCAAAGGAGACUACAGCACUAAGAAACACGUGUUCGGUAAUGGGUACAGCAAGGCCGGCGGUCUGCCCGCACACCCUCCGAUCCCCAAGAACCUCCAGUACCCGGACGACUCAGACGACGAGAAGAAACCCGCCCAGAUCAGCGGCCCCGCUGGGUUUGAGGCGAGCGUGCCCGAUUUUGACCCAGAGCAAGAGGACCUGAAGAGGCCCUAUUUCACUGUGGACGAAGGGGAGAGCCGAGAUUAUGAUGAGCGGACUCUGAAUUUCCAGUAUGAUCGUGAACCUGAGAUAGCCGAUGAUAUGAUCUCUCAAACCGACGGCUCUGUCAUUUCUAAGAAAGAGUGGUAUGUUUAGUGGCAUGCUACAACCAAACCCUUUGGUCCCCCUCACCUGCAUUCCACUGCACCCUUCACCUCCGUCACCACCCCACCCUCCCAUUCGUCUAGCUGCCCCCUACACAGCCCACUAUCCUCAACCUAGUACCCCCCCCCUCCCCCUUGACUCGACCCCCCCCCCCCCAUAUCAGACCCUAUCCAAACUAAUCUCAAUUAGAAAAUCAAGCGUCUAUUUAAAGUGCUAGCAAAACAUCAACUUCUCAAUAUGACAGCAUUGGUAUCAGUUCCAUCAGGUGAAUGGGCAAAGAGUACAAACUAAGGUAUGUAAACGGACUUGAGUACGAGUCCAGACAGGUGAUUGGUUGAUUAAUACUGGUGUAAUAUUCUUUUUGUGUAUUUUUCCAUGUUAUAAAUGUAUUACAUGUAUAAAAAGAGACUGCAGGUUGAGGUUUUGCUGAGCACACUUGUGAAAGUCCUACACUGGAUGUGCGGAUUUAUUUCUGUUUUUUUAUUGCCAUUGCCGUUUUUGUUAUUUUUAUAAAGUCUUUUUGUAUGAUUUUUAAGUAAGCAGAGAUAUGAGGGUUAAAUGUUCGACAUAAUUACAGGUGGAGUUCUAUGUGUUUGUAAUUGUGUGGUCAAAUGUUUCAGAGAAAAACAAAAAAAACGCCAUAAAGCACUUGUGUCAUUUCUGUUUCUCACUGGGGUUAGCGUCCAUGAAACUCAUUUUUGUACAGCAUUUACAGCAGAUGUGUUAUGUGCUGUGUUCCAAAGACAUGCUUAGUAUUUCUUGCUCCCCCCUGUGUGUAUAGGCUUGGUUUAGCUUAACUGAGAGGGAGUCGGCCUACUGAGCCAUGUGGCAGAUACAAAUUGAGUAUUUUCAAUAAUUUUCCCCUUAAAUUUUAAUAACGCUAAGAACGUUUCCACAUCAGUGAAUAAGAGUACAGCAGAGAGAAGGGCUGCAAAAAUGUCUACUUUUCAUUGGUGCAUCACAACCACGUCCAAAUAAGGUUUGGUGAGUCUCGGAGUCAUAAAAACACCUUCAAUAAUGCUCUGAAAUAUCAUGAUUGUCACUUGACUUUAACAGGUUGACGAGCUCUUGAUCUUACCACUAUAAUGAAAUGUCUGUAUUUUUUUUCUAUGUUGAGUUGUCAUAAUUGUGUUGUUCUAACCCUUCUUUUAUCAAAUGGAUGUCAGAGAAAAGUGUCUGAGGAAUUUCCCAAAUAUGACUCUGCCUCUCCUUAUAAUAUGUGACUGUGUGCUGAAAGAAUUGGCUUGAGCCCUUACACCAACAGCAUGAGGAGAUGUCCAUGGAGACAAAGGACACGGAUAGGAGAGAAGUGUCAACAGAUGCUUACAUUUGUGACUUUGAGAGAACAUUUAUCAUGUAAAGGGAAUUGAAAAAUGAAUGGUGGCCAUGCUGGAGUAUAAAAAGUCACCUGCUGCUUUCAUUGGGUUUAUUUUCCAUCUGUUUAUUUUUUUUCUUUCUAAAAUGAAAUUCUGUAUGGGGGAUUUUAAAGGAAUGAAUGGUUGUCCUUUUCCUAAUCAUCUGAAUCUGCCAAUAGGGCUGUCAGAAGGCGUAAUAUAGGCUGUAUCUGGCUUUUUUUAAAUCCCUGUUAAUAAGUGCCAGUGGAUGGAUGGAGUGCAAAAUGCAUUUCCUUGGAACAAAAAAAAAGUGAAAUAUCCGAUAAAACCGAUGCAAAGGAGUAAAUCGGUGGAUAUGGGCAUCACAUCUGACUCGCUCUGAACAAUAUAAAUACGUUAUUAAGCCUUAUGUUAUGCAUGUUUUGUGUUGGAGUGGAUGUGCGUACGUUUGAAAUUUCGUUUCGGUAUAAAAUCCAGUGUGUUUGUCCUCAUUCGCAGCUUGAAAGACGACACUUUGUCAGUGCUGUCGUUAACAACAAAGGUAACAACAAUAUUGCAGUUAAACGCUAAAAAAAAGUAUAUAAAUAUAUAUAUAAAUAAAGAUGAAAAAAGAACAUCUCCCUGGGAGCAGAUCGCUGGAGAUGUGAAUGUUUUACAGUCCAUGCUUGUCUACUGUACGUUUUUAGAUGAGCAUGUUAAUCAUGAGCCUCAAUUUCUAUUGUAUUUUCAACACAAGAUUAACAUUACAGAAGUGGGAGAUAAAAGGGUCUUAUCAAAAGCCUGUUGAUUUCAGUUAAGAUUCAUUUUCUACUGCCUUAUUUUUGUUUUUGUUCGGUGUAUCCACUAGAGAUUGAGAACAUAAAUGGUGGCUUACAGGUUUUAGCGAGAGAAAACUAAACAACAGCAGCGUCUGGGUUGCUACUUUCCAAGUGCAAAAGCAAAUCCCAAUUAUAUUGCCUUUAUUUUAUCAUUCACUUGAUAAAAGGUGAACGGCUUUGCUGAAUGUUCUUCUUUUAAAUUCUACAGACAUAUCACAGCAUAAUAGACACAAAACGUUUUAUGUUUUUGUGCAUUCAGUGCCUAUCAAAGACAGGAGACAGAUGCUGCUCCAGCGUUUUAAGUUAUUCAUGCAGAAGAAUAACAAAGAGUAAUAUUGAAAUAUGACACAGACUGCAAACCUCUUAAAAUCAGACAAAUGAUCGUUCUUAACUUGCAGUGAAUUUUAGUUAGUAUAGUGGGGAUGUUAUUCCCCCGAGCUCCAAUUUGAUACUAACAAUGUGUCUUGAUCUCAAAAUCAAUUCAUCUCUUAGAAGCCCUUUUAACGUUUAAUGAUUGCUUCACGGUAACACAGCACUUUUUCUCUCUUAUCAAUAAAGACCCUAAAGAGAUCAAACGUUGUCACAUAUCGCUGACCUUUCAAAGCACAACAAUUGAAACAUGAAAUCUAGUGAAAAAAGAUUGAAAUCCAAUUUGAAAAAAGCAACUUUGGCCCCAAGUAGAGAUCAGACCGACUCCUUUUUAAAGCACAACUUUAGGGUUUAAUCUCACCUUUUGUCUGCAUCCAUUAGAAAGCCACUGCCGCACUUGCUUCUAAAACGGUAGAGAAAGAAAAACAAUUUGGAGUGGACAUUCUGUAUACUGGUAGAUGUUAACAUUGUCUUCAUGUUGUCAGGGUGUUAUGAGUUUCUAUUUUGUAAUACUGACUGUAACUUCAUUCCAUCCUAAUCUACUUUUUGUAUUCAGUAUGUUCAACAUUCCACUGUAAAUAUUGUACAUAUGGUUGAGAUUAUAGUUGGGAUUUAUUUAGGGACAACUGCGUAGGGACCCUGUCAUGUAAAAUAUACCUAUUUUGACUGCAAACAUAGAGACUUGGUGAUGGAUAGAUGAAGUCGAUGGAUAGCUUAUUUCCAAAGUCCAACCCUAGAAACGCUCCUCCGGUACGUUUUUUUAAAAAUGCCACUAGCAGCUUCACUGUCAUACAAAAGGGUGACGCAUACAGUUUGUCGAUGUAAUGUUAUUGAAAGAAAAUCAGCAGAGAGAAAGUGUCUGUAUGCAGCCAUGUGAAUGUAUAUUUCUGAGGGUGUUACAAAUAUGAAAAAAAAAUCUAUUGUUCAAUUGUGAUGACCCAGUGAAGUAACUUGUAUUUGUUUUAAGCAUUAAAUGAGUUCAAUAGUCAACAAUGUUCUGUCCAAGUUCGCUGAUUGGAUAGAUGUACCGAAUAUGAUUCAUGUCUGCAACACAUUUAUUAUCCCUGUGUAUUGAUUUUGGUAAUUGCAGCUCUUGUAUCCCUGUCGCCUCAUGUUUGGAUUUAUUUGUCAGCGAAAUCACCUUCUGUGAGCCUUAAGUGUAAAACAUAAAAAGGUUUGUUCUUCAAAUAAAUGUUCUCUGGUUUGACAAUUCAACACAUUGUGAGGCCAACAUAUAAACCCAUAUGUCGCUCUGCUCCUAUUCAGCUAUGAGAUGAGUCACAGUGGUGUAUUCCACUUUCAUUGCUGUUCCAGUUUUCAGAAUCAAAAUCAACUUGGGAUACAUCCAUGGCCACGCUACCCUCCAUUGUUUGCUCUACUUUUAAAGCCUGAGUGCGAGACUAAUCAAAUAAUUUAAAAAAAAGCCAAUACAAUCAGUCAUGGUUAGGAAAUCCCCUUAAUUCAGACACCAUUUCUUAAAGGUGUUGACAAAACUGCUUUUGCCACAGAAAAAGUCAGUAGUAUCCGGUAUCCAAUCUUUAUUCCAGACUCAAGGUCCAUAUCACAUACAAAAAGACAAAACACACAUCAAUAAAUAAGAUAAAAAGCUAAACAGAUAUAAACAAACAAAUAAAAAUAUAAAAUCAAUCCAAUCACAGCUAGCCACAAAUGCUAGUAUAGUAUCAUGAUGAUCAUUUUAGUCAGGCUAAUACAUUAAUAUAAAAAGGAUGCAUAUAAUAUAAAGCAAAAUGUCUCCAGUGGUUAUAACUGUACCUUUUAAGUGUUUGUCCCUUUUAAUUGGAGAGCAAAAACCGCCAGGCAGAUGUUGGUAUUGAUUUCAGCGCUUAAUGAAGCUGCAAUGAUAUGAUGAGAGAGGCUCAGUGUAGAGCCAGACAGAUCUGUCUCAGACUGUGGGACUCAAGUGCAGACAUCUGCACCGUGCACAUUAAGAACAGCCCAGAGUUUGCAGCUGCUGCCAUCCAUUUGCUAAAAGAGCCCUUUGUAGCCCAAGGGGCUUUGAUGGCGCAUAGGCUUUUAACAUGCAUGGCCAUCAGUUUUCCCCCCCUCCUGACAGAGCUGCGAGUGGAAUUUGACAUGUCCUCUAUCAAAGUACUCUUAAGAUGAAAUAUGGCUGGAUUUUUGUUUUAAAAUAUGUUUCUCAUGGGCCGUAAAUUCAAAAGCGAAUGUGUAAGAGCACCUCAUAGUGAUGCUACUCCAUUCAGCACAGCGCAACUUCACAGAAUACUAACUACAGCUGUGCCGUAUUAAAGGAAGUGGGGACAAGUGAGAAGUGAUAUGGCUGUGCCCGCCGUGAUUUUGUGUGUAGCUCACAUGUUUGGAUUAUACUUCUUAAACUUUAUGGUGCUCAUCAUUUCAGACCAGCAUUGAAUUUGAAGCCGAACAGUAGUUCUGACAAAGCAGACCCAGUUCCUUCACACUUUUUGGUGAAAAACAUUAGCAUUACAUUUUUGUUAAGCAGUCAGUUUGAUUUAUAAGCCACAAUAACUCUCUAAACUUGGGAAAGAAAGAUUGGUAGCUUACGUUGCAAGAUACUAUUGGCUUCUGUGAACCGUUGAGCUGCCGAUAAGCUAAGAAGUGGAGAAAAAUAUAUCAAUAUGAAAGACUUUAGGAAAGCCAGUACCACAAGUCGUUAAACUACAGUGAUUAAAUGGUUAAUUAAUAUUUUGUAUAUGUGUUACUAAUUUCUUCAGGCUGGAUACAGGAGGGAAGUUUUACAUAUUGAUCAGUAAGUUGGCUUUUUGCUGCACUUUGUUGCUUUGAGGCCAGUUUGUAGACAUCUCUAAAUACUGAUAUAAGACAUCUGAUCUCUUCACAGGACUGCUGUUUCAAGUCAAGACUCAUAUUCAGUGGACUCAUCUGUGUAAGCAACAUGAAAUGUUCUCUCAGUUGUUGUCACAAGAGACACAGCCUGCAGAAACUUGCAUAUGUAAUGUAAAAAUACCCAUGAUGUGUUAAUGCAUAAUUAUUUCUUGGAUCAUCAUUGUUCAUGGCUUCUAGAAAUAUGUUGGGUUUUGCUCUUUCUAUCUGUUUUCAAUGUGUACAGUCACAUGAAGUUGUCCAUAAUAAAGAUGUAUUACUGUAAA